AUGGUCUGCGGAACCACCACAUACGGCACGACUCUGGCUAUCAUCCUCGUCCCUGCUCUCGUCGUACCUUUCGUCCUCGCCAACAUCAUCGGCUGGACGGCCUUUGGAAUUCACAAGCACCGUAAAAACAAGCGCCAACGUGAACACGGCCAGGGCGGCGGUUAUGGUUCAGCAGCGGGAGCUGGCAACACAUUCGUUACCAGCACAGGCCCUGGUGGAGAGACUGUAGUUUCUGUCGUUCCAGCCGGCGGGGCUGCGGGAACUGCUGGAACUGCUGGAGCUGCUGGGUCGGGUGGUGGUGCUUAUGUUGCUGGUGGCCCUGGUAGUGCUGGCGGUGCUGGCGGAAGUGGUACAGCCUACACGACUGGUGGAGGGCCUGUUCAGAGACAAGUGGUCCAGAUAGCAGGCGGCCCUCGGGUCGAAGAGACAAUGGUUGUCGCCUAA